GUUUCUAGUUUGGUCCAGUACACCCGAUCUAUUGGUCGUCGUGCACAUCAACGAAAACUGAAGGAAAAUCAUGUUCAGGCUACUGAUACCAUGCCUGUUGUGGCUGUCAACGGUGCGUUCCGAGACCGGGAUGCAUAUGGACAUGCCGGUCGCGCCGAUGAUGGACAAAACGUCGGACGCCUCGAUGCUGAAGGCAAAGAGGGAUUCCAUCCAUCAACCUUGCGAACCGCUCUACCCGCACGCCCCCGCCUACUCACCGCCACCGGUCUACUUUAAGCCCCUGGUUCAACCGACCUACCUGAAGAAGGAGCUGGGCAUAGCGCAAUCCUUAGCUCACCUGCAGUACGUCCAGCAGCCGCACGCCUAUCCAGCCGUGGUGCAGAAGCCGACCAUCACGUACGUGAAGCCGGCGGCGCCCGCGGUGAACUAUCACGCGUUGCAGCAUCAGUACAUCAAGCCGGUGAUGCCCGUCUACCAGAGCCCCUUGCUGCAGUCCUACGCGCCCAUCUACCAGAAGCCGCUGCACUACGCGCCCAUGUACCAGAGCCCCGCGUAUCACGACGCGAUGCCGAGGGUCUUCUUCAAGAAGUACGACGCGCCCGUCGCUCAGCUCUAUCAGAAACCGUUGGUCCACGCGCCCGGUGUACAGUACGCGACGCCGAAAGUGGUGCACGUGCAGGCGCCGCAGGUGUCCUACGUGAAACCUGUGGUUCACGCGCCGCCGCCUGUGUACGCCCCGUCGCCGGUUCACGAUUCCAUUAUAGUCAAGCCUCAUUGUGAGUAGAUGAUCGUCCGAGCGAAUGAUCGAUGUUGAUACGUCGAGUUCCGCAGAAUGAAAGAAUUUCUAA